AUGUCUUUUGCUACUGUGAACAACCAGGAUGCUCCGCCCUUGCCCAAUGAGGAGCCCAGCAGACUGAGCUAUAAGUCAUACAAGAAGAAGUUUCUAAAAUUGAGGCAUAACUUCAAAGACAAGAUGAGAGAUAGCAACAGAUUUUUCGACGAGGAGCAGCAUUCCAUGAGACUAGCCCGACGUCUCCAGGAGCAGAACGAUCAACUUCUCGACCUCCUUCUCGAUGUCAACGAAUCCACCAAAGUCCUGCCCCAUCUUCGCUACGACCUCCGCUCCCCAACCCCAGAUGCCUCCGCUGUCCCAGCACUUGAACCCGACCUCUCCCCAUACGGCCCCUCCGAGAUCGAAAGCACUCGCGCCGCCCUUGAAGAAGCAAAACAAGACCUCUACACCGGCCAGAUCACGCCGGCCGCAUUUAAGACCAUGGAAGCUGAAUUUCAUGCCAUCUUGAACCGCACGAACUCCCUCUCUAAUCUGUCGAGAGUCCAGCAUACGACCCUCAAUAUCGUCAGUACAGAAGAAAUGCCCAAGGAUUUGCUGCAAGAAGCACCAAUAGGCUACAUGACACCCAGCCAUGAAGAUGAAUUCCUUUCUGCACUUGAUACCUAUCUCGCAAACCUGCCUCCAGAAGCCCCACUAAUGCUCCCUCGUCCCUUCAGACCCACGGACCGCGAGCGUGAGAAAGAUGCGCAGCUACGCAACCCCGUCUCCGUCUACAACUGGCUCCGUGAACACAGACCCAAAGUGUUCCUACAGGAUCCUCGGCCAGAAGAGAAAGAGUCCGCACCGGAGAAAGUGUCUAGCGUUUCGGAGUCCGCAGGUCAUAAAGCCUCCCCAAAACCUCCUUCCUCAGGCACUGCGAAGAGGCGGUCUGCUGCCGUGCCGAAACAAGAGGUAGAGCCCGAGCCGGAAGUUUUGGAUGAUGAAGGAAAUGUGAUUGGGGGUGCCGGGAUUGACCCACCUGCACCAAAGACUAAAAGGAAGAGGGAUGAUGACGCAUAUAGGCCUAAGGGCGGGAGUAGUAAGCCGAGGAAAAGGGGCAAAGGGAGUAGCGGUGCAGUAGUGAGGAAGACGGAGGGUGAGGAGGAGGGUCCUUGA